GGCAGAGCCCUUACUUUUUUUUUCCGCUCUUAUUUUUAUCACCAUAUAUAUAGUUCUCUUAAUAGCUUUGUCAUCUGUUCCACGAGUUGCAUCAUUCACGACGAACCAUGAGGACCUGAUUUGCAUUCGGCUUCGCGCCUUUUUUAUGCUCUAUCGCAUGACAUUUUACCAUGUUUGAAUAUCAACUUUACGAUACUUAUGGUUUUCCUUGUGUGUUUGCUAGGAGUCCUGUAAUACUCUCCUACCUGGGGGUAUUGCUAUCACUGUUCAGUUCCAUUUUACAAGGUCCUGAGAAUCCUACAUCAAAUGCUUCCAGCUUGUGUUUCUCACUAUUUUCUUUCCUUGUAUGGGUUCUACCCGGUUGUACGGAUUUCGCAUGAAAAUGGUGCAAGUGUAAGAAUAACAGGAUUCUGUUUUAAACGAU